UUCUAUUAUCGAAGUAUUUUUUGCUUAAAGCACUUAUUUGUUGUUAUUUAAUAUUUACAAAAGAAACUAUUUAAUAUCGAAAUGUUACGACGAUUCCCCUUAUUAAUUGUACAACAAGUACGUGGUAAAAGCCAAGAAUUUGCAAGAACAUUUGCCUCCACAGCAGCAGCUGGCAAACAAGAAAAAUGGGAUUUGUAUGCCGGUAUUCUGGUGGAGAGGUUGCCUGUCGUUUCCAAAGAAUUCAAUGAACUUGAGAAAGAGUUCCAACAAUAUUUGUGGCGUGUAGAGUUCGAGAAAUCGCUCAAGUCCAAGCAUGAGCUGCAACAUGAGCGUGACUUAAAACAAGCUGAACUUUUGAAAAAAGGCCAAAUGGAAGUUGAUCUUGAUGAGUCCGUUGCCAAGCAAACCGCCCAAGAUCUUAAAGAUGCCUACAUCGAAGAAAUAAACAAAUUUAAAUUCGCACCACGCACUACAGCCGAUGAUGCGGCUAAAAAUGUGAUCUCCACGAACCGUUGCUUGGACGAGACACUGUAUUUGCUAGUUGAACACAAGUUGGGCUCCAAAAAUCAUUUAUUAUUGCCACAAGGACCUCGCCUCGAGGGAGAAACCAUGAGACAAGCUGCUGAACGAGUUCUGCGUGAAAAAUGUGGUGAUCAGUUGGAUGUUCAAUUCUAUGGCAAUGCUCCUUGUGGUUUCUACAAAUACAAAUACCCAGUUGCAGCUCGCGAAAAUAGUGUGGGUGCCAAAGUAUUUUUCUUCAGGGCCUCGUUGAAAAAUGGAAACGUAGAUCAGAGUUUAAGUAAAACAUACGAAUGGUUACAGAAAGAAGCUUUAAGUGGCAAAUUGAAUCCUGCAUAUAGUGAAAAUGUACAAAAGUUUUUGUUUUAAUUGUAUUACAUUUGUAUAAAUAAAAAAUUUAACGUUAUUUUAAUCGAAAUAGA